UGGGUGUGACCCCACUGCCAAUCCGAGGAGCAUGAUGGAGAGUUCAGAGCAGGGACAACUGGGGGAGGGUGUAGAGGAAGCCGAGAGUGAGGCUACUGGGGCGGAGGGAGACACCCUGGAGUCCCAGGAGGCAUGCAGCCAGGAGCUCUUCUCAAGCCAGGAGGAGGCUAGCCAGUCGCAGCAGCUGGAACUUGUUGGUGAAGAAGAAGCAGAGGAGCGUGUUCCCGUGUCCUUGAAUACUCCAGCCCUAUCACCGCCUGCGCGAAGACUACAGAACUUGAGGAAAAAUCCUAGAAAAUCAAAAGAAGAUUUGAUCAAAGCAGUUAUGAAUCAGUACGUCAGAGACAGUAAGAGGCUGCAGGACUGGAGAGAGAAAAUGCAUGAGUGGAGGCACACACAAAGCAGGAGAAAGGAAUUGGCUACCAAGAAAAGCACAAAGCAGCUGAUAAGCCUCCUGGCUCGCCAAAUGGACUGUAUGCAGUCUCUCGUAGCCAUGCAGGCAGAUCAGUACCGUGGUAACCCCCACCCCUCCCAAAGCUCUCUCCCUUGUUCCCCAGUGUUUGCACAAAACACCUUUCUCCAGCAGCCUGGUUCUUACUACCAUCAGCUGCCCCCAACACCUGUACGUUCACCUACCAGCCCUGAGAACUACAACCCUUACCCUAUGCACUCAACCCCCAUCACGAUGCAGCAUAUUAAUCCUGAAGUGCAGCAGGCAUUAAACAGCAAUCCAAGCAGGACAUAUUUAAACCUCUGAAUGUACAGUCCACCACCCUGCCCCCCUGCCCUUUUAUGUACUGUAUUUUGAAUAAAUGA